AUGAAAUCCUACUAUGAGGUGUUGAAUGUGUCUCCAGACGCUUCUGUGGAGGAUGUCAAGGCGGCCUAUAGAAAAAGGCUACUAGAAAGCCAUCCGGACAAAGGCGGCGAAGGAGUGGUUUCCAUCGACCUUAUCAAAAAAGCAUAUGAGGUGCUCAGUGUACCUGAACGAGCCAAAGCAUACUGGGAGGAGCUCCAGGAGAGCUACAAGAAACAGGGAUUUUCUAUAACUGGUGCAGGGCUUGAUGUAUAUACAUUGGAGCUGUUCGACGAGCUGGAGACAGCAGAGGGUCUAUUGUGGUCUAGAGCUUGUCCUCGGUGCACCUCUGAAGGUGCCAUGCAACUUUCUGAGGAGGACUUGGAAAAUGGCACUCCCGAUGGGAUGGGAGGCUUUCAGAUCAUGGUUUCGUGUGCAUCGUGCAGUUUGUGGAUCACCGUUGUGUACGAGGAAGCCUCGGACGAGGAAGCCCUGGAGGCCCCACAGGAUGAUUGA